AUGAGUGCGGGACUCGAUAUUCUCUGCCAUAAGCUCCAGGCUGCGCUGGACAACCGUCGUGAGGAGGGUCGACUUAUUGACCCUCCUUCUGCGGCUACUCUGGCUAAAAUGACAGAUUUUAGCUCUAAUGACAGCCUCUCUCUGUCGUCCUCUGGUGCUCUAUCGAUGGCAUUUUUGCGCGAGCUUCGGAAACACCCUAACUUCACUAUCGGAAGCACCUCGUCACGAAUCUUAGACGGUACCAAGCAGUAUCUAGAAAACAUUGAACGUGACUUGGCUCAGUUCCACCGUGCUGAGUCGGCUAUGUUCUUUAACUCGGGGUAUGAUGCUAAUGUAGCCGUUUGGUCUGCAAUCCCACAGCCUGGUGACUUUGUCGUUUACGACGAAUUUGUACACGCAAGCAUCCAUGACGGCAUGAGACGAGGACGAGCCACGACUGUCCCAUUCCAACACAAUGAUUGUGAAUCUCUGCGAGACUGCCUGAAGGGCAUCCAAGCUGGGCACCGUGCUGUUUCUGAAGGGAAACAAGUAGUCUUUAUAUCACUGGAAUCUUUCUACAGCGUGGAUGGUGACAUAACUCCAGUUCUUGAGAUAGUGAAUGUUGUCCGUGACACUCUGCCGCGGGGCAAUUAUGUGCUUUCAAUCGAUGAGGCGCACUCCAAUGGAGUUGUCGGACCAAAUGGCUCGGGGUUCAUCUGUCAUUAUGGGCUGGAGGAUGUUUUUGGAUUACGACUCCAGACUUGCGGGAAAGGACUAGGAUCGACAGGGGCGGUAUUAUUGGCCAACGAAACAAUUAAACUCGCGCUCCUCAACUAUGGCCGCAGCGUCAUUUUUAGCACAGCUCCUAGCUUUCUUACCGUGUUAGCCGUGAAAGCUGGCUAUGAUUUGUUAGCCAGUGAGGAGGGAGAAAAGCGUCGACGCCGACUGCAGAAAAACCUGCAGUUCUUCUACCAGACACUGACGACAAGCGUUGAGUGGAAGCAUGCAAAAGAAAAGGGUAUUUUCUAUCUUCCGACCGAGAAGACCUGGCGAUCGGAGCCCUUCCUAGCCCCCAUAGCUGCAAUCGUGACCCAGCCAGGGAAGGCGAAGGAAUUGGCACAUCAUUUACAUCAGGGCAAGUAUUGGGUAAACCCAAUGAACUUUCCCGUGGUGCCUAAGGACAAAAAUCGAAUUCGAAUUGUCAUCCAUGCUGACAAUACCGAGGGCCAGAUCGAAGGAAUUGUUCGCUUACUUAGAGAGUGGGCCAGGGGGCAAAUGAGACUUGAUGAGAGAAAGUCGAGACCUGCCCUAAUGUGA